UGCAUCAAUAACACAAAACAUUGUGUAAUCUGAAUGCGGCAUGACGCUUCUGCUUCCUAAACAAAUAACUUUUAAAGACUUGUAAUGUAGAUUUGUUUUGGUUUGCGGAUAUCUUAUGCUUGGUGUAAGGUUGACUCGUCAUUGUUUCGGUUGCUUCAGCGAAGUUUAAAGUGCUCUAUUUCCAUGCCGUAUUUACCGUAAGAAAACGUGUGGCCAGGCGUAGAGGCCCGAUCCUCUUAUGAAUGACAGUCUGAAUAGCCUGUAAAAUGUCUCAAGCCCGCCCAUAUCAGAACGCUUAACCAAUUAGCUUUAUUCAAGUCACUGACAAACUACAGUGAAAUAUAUUCAAGACUCCUUAUAGAAUAUCGGAAGAUAAACGGUCAGAAACGAAUCCACAAAAGGCAGCUUUUGAAUUGUAUAAAAUCAUAUGCAUCUUAUUUAAGCCUUACUUUGGAGUGGAUGCUGGGUGAAUACUAACGUGCAAGCAGCGCUGCCAAAUAAUGGAGAGUGAAAAACAUGGCAAUUUACAGGAUUAGGCUAUAUUUCAACAUUUUAUCGGCAACUAGCCUUCUAUGGUUAUGUUACAUAGAAAACACGUGGGUUGCCAAGUUGUGUGAAGAUAUCCGGCUACUAUUGUAGCAUUUAAAUGGAAUAUGCUCAAAGUCUCUACACAAAGGAGGUGGAUGUGGGCAUGAUGAGCAAGACACCCCCUAACAGAAGAGGGAUAACCUUUGAGGUGGGAGCAACGCUAGAGGCCAGAGACACCCUCAAAAACUGGUAUCCGGCCAACAUAGAGAAGAUCGACUAUAGUGAUGAGAAGAUCCUGAUCCACUACCGUCAGUGGAGCCACCGCUAUGAUGAGUGGUUUGACUGGACCAGCCCCUACCUGAGACCUGUAGAGAGGAUCCAGCUGAGACGACAGGGACUGCUGGACGACGAUCCUAUCCCUGGAUUUCAUGUGAAUGACAAGGUCCUCGCCAGUUGGUCCGAUUGCCGCUUCUACCCUGCCAAGGUCUUAGCAGUCAAUAAAGAUGCAUCUUACACCGUGAAGUUUUAUGAUGGAGUCGUCCAGACAGUGAAGGGGAUCCACGUGAAGCCUUUUGUCAGAGAGAGAGGAGGAGGGAAGACUCGGUCUGCUGAGAGGAAUGGAGUCAGGAAGCACCAGAAUGGCAGAGAACGGAGGCCUCAGGAAAACAGCCCCAAGAAUAAAAGGGCCAGACGCAGUACCUCUGACCUGGAGGGAGACAGUGAGACCGAGGAUAAUAAUGAGGUUGAUGAAUGGGACAAGAGGGAGGGACAGGAGAAGACCAAGAGGAAGGAUUGUGAGGUGGACGUCACCAAAGAGAGUCCACCCGCGAUUAAGCAGGAGGAGCAUACAGAGCAGCAUGCAGGACAGAACGACCUCCGGGAUCACAUGAUAGCCACUGUGGGCCCGAACGGAGUGAAGGUGGAAGAAGACCGAGGACAGAAGGUGGAAGAAGACCGAGGACAGAAGGUGGAAGAAGACCGAGGACAGAAGGUGGAAGAAGACCGAGGACAGAAGGUGGAAGAAGACCGAGGACAGAAGGUGGAAGAAGACCGAGGACAGAAGGUGGAAGAAGACCGAGGACAGUGUGAGGAGAGGUCUACUCAUAAUUUAAAUGGAGGGAUAAAAAAAGAGGUGGAAAUGGAAACUGAGUACACAGUCCUGAGCUCACCAAAUGAACCUAAGCCACCCACUGAGUCACCCAAUCAGAUGUCAACACUGACAGGGCCAGUGUCUAUCCCAUUACCCUCAGCUUUGUCCACCAAUGACGGAGUGGAGCAGAAGGCAGCGAGCCAACCGGAGAGCUCACAAUCUGCACCACUGGACCUCCCAGUGAAACCAAUAAGGAAGCAGGGUUUUCACAACCCCAACAGAUUCAGCAGAGAGCCAUUGUACAGAGUGAUCAAAAACCAGCCUCCCCCAGUCCUGUCCAUCAACUUGGACCACAACCCAUUUAAAUGCAGCGCUGUGGGUUGCACCAAGUCGUUCCGCAAGGCCAAGCUGCUUCACUACCACAUGAAGUACUACCACGGAGAGGACCAGCAGCUAGAGGAUGACCUCAGCCCCACCAGGAGCGUCCAGACCCAGGCCUCAGAGAAGCACCCCUUCCAUACCACUCUGGAGUGUCCUAAGAGGAGACGCACCAUCUCUGCCUCAAUGCACUCCACUGUGCACAGUCCUAUCAGAACUCCCCCGUCUCCACGUAGUGAGGCAAAGACAAUGAGCAGACGCAGGUCAGUGCCACCUGCUGUCAGCACAGAGCCAACGCAGAGCCAGCAGCAGAGGGCGCUGCUGAGGGAGAAGAGCAAAGAGAACCAGCUGGACAGGAAUGGCCAGAGACCGGUGGUGACAGAGACGUUUAUGAGCAGUGGCAUGGACUUAGGAUUGGUGAAAGAACGAGACCGGCUGAAGGAUAAGAAACAAACGGACUUCCUUCGCGUUAAACUGAAGAAAAAGAAGAAGAAAAAGAAGUCCAAGUCUGAGUACACAGGUAGUGAGGAGAAUAUUGACAUCUCAAUAUUCGAUCUUCAGUCCAAAUUGAAUUUGCCACUCAAAUUCCCCCUCUCACACAAUCACAAGCCUGAGUUAUACCACUGCAGGCCCGGAUACAACCAGUCAGAGCAGAUACAUGUGGAUGAUGAGGAUAGCAUCAGUGAUUGGUCAACUGACAGCUGUGGGUGGAGUGAUGAUGAGCAGGGGGCGGAGCUGGACGUCACUACUCCUCCCCUGAAUCUGGGCUCUGUUGCCUUGGAGACGGGCGCUCAGGAGAUUGUGCGUUGUGUCUGUGAGGUGGAAGAGGAAAACGAUUUCAUGAUACAGUGUGAGGAGUGUCUGUGCUGGCAGCAUGGCACCUGCAUGGGCCUCCUGGAGGAGAACGUCCCUGACAAAUACGCUUGCUAUGUCUGCCGAGACCCACCAGGUCAGAGGCAGAGCCUGCGGUACUGGUAUGACCGUGAUUGGCUGAGCAGGGGUCACAUGUACGGUCUGUCCUUCCUGGAUGAAAACUACUCCCACCAGAAUGCAAAGAAGAUUGCAGCAACACACCAGCUACUAGGAGACGUCCACCAUGUGGUGGAGGUGCUCAAUGGCCUGCAGCUCAAGAUGAGCAUCCUACAUACCCAAACCCACCCGGACUUGCGGCUGUGGUGCCAGCCCUGGAAGCGGGCAGAGAGGCCCUGGAGGAGAGACGGCUCGGGGACGGGCACUGACGCAACACCGUCUCCAGCGCCAACAGACGAGGGCUCAGAGAGGGACCACAAGAGUCUUGCACGUGGGGGAGCAGAAGCUCUGAUGUCAGCCGCCAUGGAGAAGCUCAGUCGAGCCUCCUCUUCCGCCUUCUCGCCAUACCAGUCGUUCCAGGACUCGUACAUUAUGAGUGAGCACUGCUACCAGAAGCCGCGGGCGUACUACCCUGCGGUGGAGCAGAGGCUGGUCGUGGAGACCACACGGAGGGGCUCUGAGCUGGAGGACAGCCUGAGGAGUACUGAGGACCUCCUGGAGAGAGAGCAGCGCUAUGGAGGCAUGCUAGAGACAGCCAGGCCCAAAGCCCACACACACCUGAACACUCACACCAAGUGUUCAGAUGUUGGUCGCUGGGGCCAGGUCGAGGUGAAGAUGGAGGGAGGGGACGGAGACGGCAGUAGCCAGCAGCACCAGUGGCAGAUCAACCUGCUGGAUCACAUAGAUGCCGUACAGGAAGAGGUCACUCACAGGAUGGACUUCAUUGAGAGGGAGCUGGAUGUGUUGGAGAGUUGGCUGGACUACACAGGGGAGCUGGAGCCCCCAGAGCCUCUGGCUCGCCUGCCUCAGCUUAAACAAAGCAUGAAGCUGCUGCUAACAGAGCUGGCUAAGGUGCAGCAGAUUGCCCUGUGCUGCUCCACAUGAGGGUGCCAGUGAGCAGUGUGACAUCCAUAUUCACAGACCAACACAGCACUCCCAAGAGACAAUGCAGUGGAGAGCAGCCACUCACAGGUCUAUCUAUGGCAUAUGGGGGUUGGACUGAGGAGAAAUGACCAGAUAAUUAAAUGCAAAUGCACUUUCAGUAUACUGCAGACUAGUGGGAGCAUUUCAUGGCAUGGGGUAAAAUGCUUGAGGAUGACAGUUGGUGUUCCUCUGUAAGGCCUCUAGUCUGUACAGGGAAAAGCCCACAUAAUGGAAAUGUGCUGUAUCGUGGUCAUUGCAGUAGGUAAUGGAUGGAGUCAAUACAAGAGAGAACAAACGGGGACAGUUUAUGAUCGGAUGGGUUUUGUUGGUGCAAACCUGCAUCAUAUUAAUGCCUUGGUCUGAGGUUUUGUUUGAAGCUUACUGUCAUGCACUCCACAAAUUGAUGAGCUGUACUAUGUAUUCAAAGAUCUCACCUGAACUUCUGAGAGGCACACUGUCAAUAUUCAAAAUGACAGCUUUUGGAAACACUGUCCUUGGAGCCAUAUUUUGCAACUCUUUUUCCUGUCUGAAUAUUGUAAAGUCCUUAGUCAAUGAUAAUCUCGCAUAAUUAUUAAGCUUAUGUUUGCUGAUCAUGUGGAUUGUUUUACAGAGCACAACCUUAAUAAGGUUAUAAAUAGGGUGUGACAAUACAAACUAUAUUCUUAUAAUGGCACUGUAUAGAUAAGAUUAAUCUUUCAGAUUUUACGUAGUGAAUUUUUACUUGGUCUGUAUUAUAGACACAGGAGGGACAGUACACAGUUUGAUGACGAGUGACGUUUCUGGAUUUUUGUUUUAAUAUUGUUUAAAUGUGGUUUCUUUCCAAAGCUAAUGUCACUUGUAUUUUGUUGGAUUCCGUGCUUCUUCUCUUCUAUACUAUUCACUCUCGUCUCGCGAGUUCCUGCCCUACUACUUUGCAGAUGCAUGCCAGAUCUUAGAAUGCCUGCAAUAGGUGUAACAUUUUAGCCAACCACCUCGUAUGAUAUAGCAAUCUGGUGCCCGACUGCAGUCUGACGUGGCACACAGCCAUUGGUAGAUGCAAUGCAACGCCUGCCCUGCACAUCUAGUCGUGCAGGAACUCGACCUUUAACUUUUCUUCACUGUAGCUUUUGGCUUACUGCAAAUGUUUGUGGUGAUGUCUGCUACAACCUCAGCAACUUGUGUUCUGUUCUCAGUGGAAAACUUGUAACAGAUCCACGAUUUUCCUUUUCUUGUAUUGUUUUAUCUGUACUGUUUAUUUGCAAUAUUUUGUAUUUCUUGUGUAAAUACAUCUGAAUGUUUCCUGGGAUGACUUUGUAUUGAUGGUUAUUUUUAAACAUAGCCCUCCAAAGAGCCAUAAUGUACUAGUGGGUCAACCAGGUGAAGAAUCAAACAAGAUGUUGAAAAAAUGCAACAAAUAUGCUGGUACAUAAAUACACUAUCUCUCAUUCAUAUAUUCGGAAAGUAUACAGACCCCUUGACUUUUUCCAUAUUUUGUUACAUUAUAGCCUUAUUCUAAAAUCUAUAAACAUUUUUUUUUUAAAUCAAUGACAAAGGGUUCUUAUUUUUUUUAAAUGUAUUAAAUAUUUUUUUUAAACA